AUGGAACUCAUGGGGCACUGCCUCAAGACAUUCUUUACCUUCGAAGGGACCACAUACGAGCAGAUCAAGGGCACGCCAAUGGGUUCACCAAUCUCCGGACUCAUUGCCGAGGCGGUUCUACAAAAACUCGAGAGACGACUAUUCGAGGAGUACAAACCCAAGUUUUGGGCACGCUACGUUGAUGACACCUUCGUAAUCAUAGACCAGGAUAAAAUCAACGACUAUGAGGAAGUACUGAACUCAAGCAUGCCCGAUCUACAGUUCACGAUGGAAGAGGAAGUAGAGGACAAACUUCCAUUCUUGGAUGUUCUCGUCUGCCGCCAACCAAAUGGCGAACUAGCGACGUUGGUCUACAGAAAACCGACGAACACGCUGCAAAUUCUCAGCUACAACAGCAACCACCCGCCACAACACAAACGAAGCUGUGUCCGCACGCUGUACCGACGGGUGGAAACUCAUUGCAGCACACCAGCCGCCAAACUGGAUGAGAUAAAGCUCCUCCGAGAACUUUUGAGAGCCAAUGGCUAUCCGCGGGCAUUCAUUGAACGAAGCCGGAGGCAGCCAAAGAAACGGAACGAAGAGCAUAGUCAGCCAAACGUGUGGCGGAGCAUUCCGUACAUUAAAGGGGUCUCCGAAGUCGUGGCUCGAUCACUCGCGCCACUCGGAAUAGGUGUUGCCCACAUGCCUGACUCAACAAUCCGCCGGCAAGUGAUGCGGCCAAAAGAUCCAAUCCCUAAGCAGGAGAUGUCGGCCGUUGUCUACCGACUUCAAUGCAGCUGCGGAAGUUGCAACUACGUUGGGGAAACCGGCCGACGGCUGCAAAUGCGAAUGCAUGAGCAUAAGUUGGCCGUGCGAAGGUUGGACCCAAAGUCGGAGGUAGCAACCCAUGCCGCGCAAAUAGGACACAUCUUCCACUUUGACGCCGUUGAGAUUGUGGGCCGGGGCAGCGAUCACACAGCAAGGCAAGUGCAAGAAGCCUGGAUGUCCACCGACCGCUCUGUCAACCGCCACAUCAAUUUGCCUCCCCCCUUUCUGACUUUACGAACCUUCUAA